AUGGCCACGGCAACCGACGAGCAAAGCACACAAGCCCACCCCGCCCGAACACGGUCAUUCGGGGGGUGCACCACGUGUCGAAGCCGACAUGUGAAAUGCGACGAAGGCCGCCCCACAUGCGCCAUGUGCCGGUAUUUCGGGUUCGUGUGUGCGGGCUACGAGAAGGGCAUCUUUUUUGACUUUGAGGGCUCGACGGACGAACGACGCUUCCGUCGGCCCUUGCUGACAGAAGCCGAACGAGAGCGUAUGAGCCAAUGGCUCGUGUCAAGCGUCCCGCCGGAGUCGGCCCUGCAGUUACUGACUCGCAUCGACGAUCUGUGCGAGAAGGCGGCUCCUUGCCGCGAUCUUCAGGUGGAUUGCGGGCCUUUCGGGGCGUUCAGAUUGAGUCCAUUGCCUUCCGCGCCGUCGCCGGAUAUGGUCUCAGAAGAAACACCGGAUCCAUCUGCCAGUAGCCCGCUAGAGGACGUGGUUAGGUUCGACGAUGAUUUCACAGUCCCAGAAGACCCCCCUUUAACACCGCGUACUCAAAAAAUCAUCGAGUCAAUAUUUGGCCCCUCGGAGCAGGCGCCCAGCACGACAUCACCGGAUACAGAAGACAUGGCCAUGAAUCUUUGUCGCAUUGAUGCCGUGCUCAAUAAUGCACCUCUAUCUGAUUUCCAGGGAUUUCCUAUGACAGCAGAACAAGAACUGCUGCAGAGCGCUGACCUACCCCAAAUACCGCCACCGAACCCCUGUUUCUCGUUGACGACGACCAGCAAAACCGUCCCCCAGGAUGUGAUGCUCCUACUAAAACACUACACAACAACAGUCAUCAGCCUGAUGACGCCCGUCCGCCACGCCAAAACACCAUGGCACAUCCUCUUCAUCCCGCACGCCAAGACGUGUCUAGCAGCGCUCACGCUCGGCGAAGACCUCGACAACGCCAGCCUAACAGCGUUCUACGGCACGCUCGCAAUCAGCGCCUUCAGCCUGGGCGGGCUUUCGCAGUCACAGAUGUGGCUCGCCCAAGGCAACGCAUACAAGCAGCAAGCGGUGAAACACGCCAGACUGAUGCUGCGGACCGCGUACGACGUGCCCAAGGCAGCCAAGUACAAGUCCACGAUGAUCGCGCUCCUGGCCAUGGUGUAUGUGUCAAUGUUCUCGGUCGACCGCGACCAAACGGAAUAUUUCUUCUUGGAAACGGAACGACUGAUCCGGCUGCGAGGCCUCCAGCGGAAGAAAUCCAGGAAGGUCCGACUCCUCCACCACUGCUAUGCCUUCGAGCGGUUCUUCUACGAGAGUACCUUCACCGGCGGCUUGAACUCACGACAACGAAAUUACUUCCGUCGGUCUAUUGAGUCGAGCGGUCUGGCACAGUAUAGUCGCGAUGACCUUUCCUUCCGGCUGCGUGGCUGGGAGAAUCUCGACCAAGAGAUGCUGGAGGUGAAGAGUCAGGAAGAUGGGGAAAAUGAUCUGCAUCUCGAACGGCCCGGGAUCUUCUCCGCAACGCUCUACCCCGAGAUCUUCGGCGUCCCGGAGCCAUGGGUCCUGCUGUUAUCGUUGGUGAUUCGACUCGGGAGGGAGAAGGACAUCGCAGAGAGCCAUGACCUGUCGAACCCUCUUACGCUGAAAGACUUUUCGAGCCGGGCGAAGGCAAUCGAAAGACGGAUUAAUAACCUCGAGCGACCGACUCAGGCGCACGUUGAUGAGCAUGUGAGCAAUAUGCUCGAUGCAAUGUAUGACGCUCUGUCUAUCUAUUUCUACCGCAGGGUGUAUGAUAUGGAAGCCUCGAUGCUCCAACAGAAGGUAAUUGCCGUGCGGGACUGUUUGUCGCGCUGUGCAGAUCCCAGUGUGCUGCAUGCCUCCGCUGGGUUCAUUUGGGCUGCGUUUAUCGCCGCCUGUGAGGCUGAGGAUGUGGAGCUGCAGAUGUCGUUUGCGAAAUGGUUCAAGGACUCUGCGCGGCGAAGUGGGUUAUCCUCGUUCCGGGAGACAUUGGCCCGGGUUGAGAGGAUCUGGCGGGAGAAGCGUUGUGGGAAUGGGAUAAGUGCAACGUGGCUUAAUUUGAUGAAAAUGGACGCUUCUUUUACGGUAGCAUAG